ACAUAGCUUCACUGUAACUGAAUUCACAUUCAUUUUAUGUAUAUCCAUUGAAACUCAUAUGCAAAGUACAUGAAACUCAUCAUAAUACCCUAUGACAUUCGUGUGUCAAUACCAUGCAUUUUAUAUGGAGUGAAGUCAUAUGUGUUGCCCGACAAAAAUUAUGUGAUUUUCACAUGUGAAAAUUUGGUGGCUUUGUAGCAGUGCAAUCAAGAUGGCGACUCUUACUGAUCAACUGUUGGCAGAUCUGGGAUUCUCAGAGGAAUCAUUGGAUGUUUUCCGACAGUGUGGAAUCCAGUUUUACGAAUUGGUGACGUAUUCGGUGGAUGAUUUUGAGUCCAGUUUGGGUCAGUGCGACGUAAAUUGGAACUGUCCGAAGAUUUUUGAGUACGUCAAUGCAUGGCGAAAACGUAACAAGUCAACCAUUCUUCAGGCUCUGAGGUCUGAUUUAAUCGCUGACAAAGAAAAUCAAGAUCCAAAUAAUCAAGAAACGACGGACAGCCAGCAACUUGCAGACGACGGAAUAAGGUAGAAGGAAACCGA